GGAUAUAGCGGGGCAGCAAGUCGAGGUGUCAGAGGUGUCAACGAGAGGCAAGGCGUCGCGUCGAGAUUGACACGUUUUUCCAACGCGUUAUUUAUUAACGCGCGUUUGUUCCUCCUUACGUGCUCGCGAAGUACUGUAACGCGCAUUGUUUUUUGAUUGUGACACAAUUUUUGAGAUUUGUCGUCGAAAAUAUUUUCAGUGUGCUUUAUAAUAUUAUCGCCAGCUCGCCAAUUUUACUUUUCGCACGUACACGUUUUUUCUUCGCUCUUCGUUUUAUUUUUUUUUAUUUUUUUUUUUUUUUUUAGUCGGAUGUAAUUCGCAUUUCCCUCUCGUUCGUCGGAGACAACGUGAUAGUUCGCAGAAUUUAUGCGAUUCGAGUUCUGUUAGGACUCUAGCGAAAAUUACGGUGUAAUUUCGCGAACGUUUAUGCGCUGCGCGCAUCACAAUCAUCGUCGUCGUGACGGAUAUGACUUUUUCUGCAUAUUCUGCGUUGUGUAAUUGCUCAAGAAAGAUUCUGAUGUAUAUGGAUGAUGAUCUGUAUACCGCCAAGCAAUAGUAAAGUGCACAAGCUGUGAUGGGGUGGGUAACAUCCACCACAGCACGGAUCAUUAUAUGGAGUUGCCUGCUUCGGGGUUUUGAUUUAGCUCCACAGGCUUCUCCAAAGCAGGUACCAUGUGAUAAAACAAGAAAAGUCUUCACAGACUCAUGGGGAGUUAUCAGUGAUGGACCUAUGGGCUCAAAUUACACUCAAGAUUCUCAUUGCGAAUGGCUCAUUAAAGCCAAUCACAGUCGUCAAUUUAUCACAUUAAGUUUUCGUACAAUGGGCACAGAAUGCAGUUACGAUUACGUGUUUGUUUACGAUGGGGAUUCCUUUCGGUCUCCGCUUCUAGGUAGCUUCAGUGGCAAAACAGAACCGCAACAAGUGACAUCAUCAUCCGGUUAUAUGUUGAUAUUAUUAUAUAGCGAUACAAAUUACGUCCUGGAUGGUUUUCAUGCAGAAUUUUCAGUUACCGAUUGCCCAAACAAUUGUACCCAUCACGGAAAGUGUAUUAAUAACACCUGCUUUUGCGAAAACGACUGGGGCGGCAAAGAUUGUUCACGAGCUCUGUGUCCGAACAAUUGCAGUUACAGCGGUGACUGCGGAGUGAAGAGAUGCGAAUGUAACGACGGAUACUCCGGCCAGUCUUGUUCCUUACAUAAGACACAUCCAGAAGGAAACCGAUGGCAUUGGCUUUCACAUUCGGAAGGUGGGCUAAGACCGCGCGCAGCUCACACGGCAGUUUAUAUUCAAGAGACGGAUUCACUUUACGUCUUUGGUGGAUACGAUCUCAAUUAUAUACUCAGCGAUUUAGAAGUGUAUAGGUUUAACACAAGUCAAUGGGAAGACGAAUAUGGAAAUACGUUAGAAGGCGCCGCAUCUGCCGAAUAUCUGGAUCCGAUGUUAAUCGCUAAUGAAUUACAACGCAAUCCGAAUGCGAAGGAGAUAUACGGUCUACCGACAUCGUCUUUAUUUUGGAAGUUGCUUGCCGGCAUCAAAGAUAACAACACGUUCAGUCUGCUGGAUCGAACCGCUAACGGUAGUCAGCACGGUGUUCGGGAAUUCAGAAAUAUGGCGAAAGAAAACGAAAAGAGCAGAAGCACCAUUAGAAUCAAUAGGAACAAUGAUUUCAGAAGAAAGCAUCCGCGAAACAUAAGAUCGCGAUAUGCGCAAAUAAGAUAUCGGAGAAACUUGGAAAAUUUAUAUGGAGAACAGCACGCGUCGGGUAUGCAGACCGAUGAAACAAAAUGGGAAGAGCAUAUGAUAGAGGGAUCCGCGGAAGAUGAUAUCUUUAUGCAGGAAUUCGUGGAUUCGAAAGUAACGAAAAACGACUCGUUGAAGGAAGAAAUUGUAGAAUCAACCGUUGACGAACUACCUAAACCGAAUCCUCGAUACGGUCACGCUGCGUGCAAAUAUCAAGACGGUUUCGUGAUUUACGGAGGAAAAGUACAAGACGGCUCGCUGUCGAACGAACUGUGGCACUAUAAUGUGAAUAAGCGCGUGUGGACUUUACGUGCUAAAAACUCGCCUUUCUAUCCGCCCAGACUUACAAGGCACACGCUAACUUUGGCAGAUGAUUAUGUCUAUUUGUUCGGAGGCAGCACUGUUGAUGGGGAAUUUUCGUCCAGUCUGUACAAAAUCAAAUUAAAUUUAUCGGAUCCUACGGCGACUACUGAAAGAUGGACGGAAGUGCGACCUAGGGGCGGCAAGGAACUUGACGUGCGCGUGGUGGCACACUCGACUGUUUAUCAUCGCGCUACCAAUUCUCUAUUGGUGUACGGCGGCGUGGUUGCCAGUGUCGCUCGCUUCAGCAAAUUAUCAGAUCGAAUGUUUGUUUUCCAACUGGACAGAAAAGUCUGGUCUGAGAUUCAUUAUCCCAGAGCUCAUUUGCGAGACACAUACGUACCGAGAGAACGUGCGUUUCACACGUGUAAUAUCAUAGGAAACUAUCUGGUUGUCUUCGGCGGAUAUUCUCACCGACACAAUAAAGAAGAGAUCUGUUAUGACAAUCAGAUGUAUCUUUAUCAUCUUGGUUGCCACGCUUGGGUGAGCCACGAUGUGCUGGGUUUGAAUGAUAAGGAUUCUCGUUAUCCCAAACAGCAAGGUGUGUUCGCUCACGCGGCGGAUGUACGCAAUGGAAACACCUUGCUGCUCGUUGGCGGAUAUCACGGUAAUGUAAAUGCAGAUCUCCUGGCGUACACUCUACCGCCAAUGUUAGCACCCGGAGAUAAAGAUCUUGUCGAACCGGAACAAAUUUGCUCGAGGCACAAAAGCCUAAUGGAGUGCGCCGCAAAUCCCGAAUGUGGAUGGUGUUCCGCAGAUGAAAUAUGCUACGGUCGGACAAUAGGCAGUAACUGCACGACAAAUUUGCAAACAACCCGAUGUCCUGGAGUUUGUCCUGCCCUGGGCGACUGUCAUUCCUGCUUGAUACACGGCCAGCCCGGAGGUGGCUGGGGCACGAGUUUUCGUGGCAAAAAGUCCGUCUCCAACAAAUUGAAUCUGGGCACGUGCACGUGGUGUGUACAGAACGCCCGUUGUCAUCACAAAGACGACAAUUACGGAGUGUGCGGUCUACGAGACGACACGCUCUCACAGAUACCUGGUUGGUGGGGUUCCAAGGGUACGGAGAUCACUAAGGUUGAAGAGUGCCGAGAGAUGGACAAGAGACCGGGCUUGACUUUUCUCAAGUACAAGCCACCGGUCAACUUUACUCAACCAGACUCAGUUACCAUAGUAAACGCGACAACGGUCGAUUUCAAUGUGCCGUCCAUGCAGGGUGCGAAAACAGAAUCGGCGUUGGGGGGCGAGAUGAUUGCCAGAUUGACUGGUUUUCUCAGACCGCACUCUUUUUGGGAAAGUACGGAGGAACAGCUGAAAAUAUGCGUCAGUUACAACAGCGCGAUGCUCCAUGUGUCUCGAAACGAUAAGCCCGAUAAAUUGGAAUUGGUCGCUAAUCUAACCGCGGAAACGUCGCAGUGUGUGCCAACUAAAUGGCCUGACGGUAAUCCAAUGAAAUUGGAACCGUCGGGCCGCUAUUUGCUGGAUUUCGAAUCGAAAAGAAUGGUUACCGCGAGCUACGCUUACGCGAGCAAGAUGGAGAUCACUCACAAUAGGAAGACGGAAAAUCCAAAGGUCUUCACGUUUGAAUAUCUGGAGCCGUAUCAAAACGGCUCUUGUCACCAAUAUCGUAACUGCCUGCAUUGCUUAACGGAUUCCUCGUGCGGUUGGUGCGAUAUUACUAAUCAAUGUUUAUCGCGCUCUACGAACGAGACCGAGAGCUGUGUGGCGGAUGUAGAAUGGGGCGAGGAGACAAUACGCGAAUGGCAUUACUUGACAAUUACACCGUCAGCGUGCGCCAACUGCUCCAACUAUAUUUCUUGCGAAUCAUGCGUGGGCACUAAUCUAUGCGAGUGGUGGACGGAAGAGGCAAGAUGCGCGCGAAUCGGUCGUCUACCGAACGCCGUAGUGAGUUUGGAUCAGUGUCCAAUCCCGUGUCGGCAGCGAUCCAAUUGUACUCAAUGUUUAGACGAGCGCGGUAGAUGUGUAUGGUGCGAGGCUACGCGGGAAUGUUUCUCUUUUUCUGUCUACACAUCAGAAUAUCAAUUCGGUUUGUGUCGAGAAUGGAUGGAUCAGGCGGGUCUGAUGGGCGUCACGUCGCGCAGCGGUUCGUUGCUCACCGGUAACGAUCAGUGCAAGAGCUGCAGUCGACACACCAACUGCUCCAGCUGUCUGCACUCCCUCAGUUGCGGCUGGUGCUACAGCUUGGAGAAUCCCAUCACCGGUGUAUGUGUACAGGGUGAUUUUAAUCAACCCCACGUUAAUUGUAGCACAGUCAUCAACGAGUAUCGGAACAGUAGUCUGAAGGUCAACGAAUCUGGCUGGGCGUAUGCACAGUGUCCGGAUGUGGAUGAAUGCGAUCUCGGUUUGCACGACUGUCAUCCUGACGCGGUUUGCACUAACACUCACGGUAGUUUCAGUUGUCAGUGUAAGCGCGGCUUCAACGGCGACGGCAAGGAGAACUGUACCAAGACUUGUUACGAGAAGUGCGUCAACGGAUAUUGUAGCGGAGCACCGAAGUACAAAUGCAAGUGCAACUUAGGUUGGACCGGACCAGACUGCCGAACCAACUGCGGUUGCUACAAUCACUCCACGUGCAUACAGGGACCGGGCAUUUGCGAUAAGUGUCUGGAUUGGACGACCGGACAGUACUGCGAGGAGUGCAAAGCGGGAAGCUAUGGUAACGCGACUACGCCGUUAGGCUGCCGCGAAUGUGACUGCAACGGCCAUGGCGACGUAGAGCUCGGCGUAUGCGAUCGACAGACCGGCGUAUGUUUUUGUCGCGAUAACACCGAAGGUGAUAAGUGUCAACGUUGUAAGCGAGGUUACUACGGAGACCCACGAAACGGUGGAAUGUGCUACUACGGCUGUAUGUCACGGGGUAUGCUGGGCGGCGUGGGGAACGGGAAGCAGGGCCUUGGUAGUCGACACUCGCAGUCCUCACUCUGGGACAGUCACUUGAGCGAUUCGCCAACUAGGGAGUGUUUGUGGAUCGUUAGCCCGGAGACGGAUCUCUCCUCGGACUUGACCACUCCAAUAGUUCAGAGUAUAAUACAGUUCACCAUCCAUGACGACAUUAAUGUGAGCUGCCAGGAGAACAGCGUAUACGUUUACGACGGUCUACCAGAAUUCGUCUCAUCCACCGGUCAUCAGAGCCAGUUGCUUGGAGUAUACUGCACGGAAAGCACAAACUAUCCGGUUACGGUGGAGGCCAAAUCUGGAUUUUUGACAGUACACUACAAGCAACUGGACGAGGUCGAAGGUUUCAACGCGAGUUAUGUUGUGAUGACGUGCAACAACUGUGUAGGCAAUCGCGAGUGUCGCAACGGCAAUUGCCUUUGCAAACCUGGUUACGUCGGUAUUAAUUGCGAUGUCGAGAUUUGUCCGAAUAAUUGCACCGCCUCCAAAAAACGCGGCGUCUGCGACAAGGGUUACGGUCGUUGCAUCUGCGAGAAGGAUUACGGUGGUCGCGAUUGUUCCGUCCAGCUCGAGAAUCAUCAACUAAUCUUCACAGAAUUGUUCAAUUCGGAGUAUUUAGCCGAUCAUCUGGAUCACUUGAGAAAGACGCUUCCUCGCUUCGGACACAGUCUCGUAGCCGAUCGACGCGGUAGUCUGUGGAUGUUCGGCGGUUACUCACUGAGUCACGGACCCUUGAACGAUAUUAGACUUUUCGACACGAAGAACAACACGUGGAUGCCGGUAACAGUCGAGUCCACCUCAGAAGCGUCCAUGCCGCAGGGACGCUAUUUCCAUGCCGCCGAGAUUGUUCACAGCAGACAGCAGAUUUACGUUUACGGUGGUCUGUCGAUGAAGGAUGAAGAGAUACAAGGACUGUCAAACAACACUCUGAGCGAUUUUUGGAAAUUUAGUUUGCAGAACCAGCGGUGGAGCCAAAUUUUGCAAGAUGAAUCGAAGAAAGAACCAUUACCUUUGGCUGGACACACGUUAACCUUGCGUAGAGAUGGAGAAUCGGAAAGUCUGAUUUUGAUCGGUGGUUUCAGUCCGAAGUACGGCUAUUUGGACACGGUUUGGGAAUUUAAUCUUGAAACGGAAACCUGGGACACAGUGCGCACUGUCGGGAACGGACCCGUGGGCGUGUACGGUCACUCCACGGUAUAUCACAGCAAGUCGGAUAGCUUCUACGUUUUCGGUGGCUACACCUAUGCGAUAAACAAAACGUUUAUCUCGAACAAACUGUACGCCUUGGAUUACAAGACACGAACGUGGUCCGUGCUGCCACCAUUUGAAGACGAUGUCACCGAUGGGAACAGUUUGCCACAAGCUAGAUUUCUUCAUUCCGCGGUUACAACAGAUGAAUACAUGGUGAUAUUUGGCGGCCGACAGAAUCCUCACAAUACCUCGGACUCUCUGAUAGCAUACAAAUACUCGUGCAAUCUAUGGAUACGUUUGAUAACAAAAGACAUGGAAACGAUCGGCAAUCCACCGCCGCCAGCGUAUGCCCACGCGAUGACUCACGCCGAUCCAGAAUCGAAUGCCGUUUACGUCGUUGGCGGAUUUGACGGUGGCAUCAAGAGUCACGUCACCUUAAUCAAUGUACCGGAGGAUCUGUGUAGUCUGUGGACAGAUAAGACCACAUGCAGAAAGUACUUUGGUUGCUCAUUCUGCGCUAUCACCACCAUCACAGGCGUCAAUACUUCUUUCUGUUUUUCAAACGAAGUGUCGAGCAACCGAGACGACAGAUGUGACAAGAACGUCGCCCAAGCGCAACGAUCGAAUGGAAUAUUUUGCAAUUUGGAUUGGAUGGCAGGCAGAAAGUGUCAGAGUUUCAAAACUUGCACGGAAUGUUUGGCGGAAUGGCCGUAUUAUAAAGAUGAGAAGCCAGUUUGCAAGUGGUGCACCAAGUGUUCACAUCCCAGAUGCAUUUCUGCAGACAAAAACUGUGACGAACAAAUACCAGGAGAGAACAAAUGCAGCACGUCGGUCAUUAAUGUGAAUCAAUGCUGGGAACGUUUGUGUCCGGCAAGUGAUUGCGAGAGAUGCAACAAUCUAAGCGGUUGCGCGUGGACGAGGCAAGUGUUGAAAACGAACGAGAUUGGAGCGACGUUAACGGGCGAACCGGUAUACGAUUGGAACUGCGUUCCAAAUUAUAUUUUCGAACGGUCCAGCAUUAAAAUGAGCAGCACCCAGUGCGAAAAAAGAUGCUCCGAUCACAAGGACUGCAGGAGCUGUUUGAAGGGUACCGGUGCCGAGGGAGGAUGGAGCGAAUGCAGAUGGUCCACGCAAUUGCACGAAUGUAUUUCUCCGUCUUAUCAACCGCUCUAUUGCGCUGGUGGUGUCUGCGGAUUAGUAUUGCGUAACACGGAUGUGGAUCACUGCCCGGAACCGUGUUCAGUUUUCAAACAGUGCAGCACCUGCCUGAAACACUCGCAUUGCGGCUGGUGCUCUCUGGAUUCUGCCAAUAUAACCGGACAAGGAAUAUGUACGGAAGGAUCGCUCGAAGCGCCAACCGAUCAUCCGGCAGGCGGUACCUGUGAAAUGUUUUACCAUCAACAUUUUCCGGAAAUUGAAACAACUACUGUAACACUGAACUCACUUCAAACGGAUAUCUUAGAGUCACAGGACAACGUUACGAUGCUAUUGUCCAACGUGAUAAUGAAACCAGAGUUCUCGUGGCAUUACGUCCGCUGUCCUCCGGAAAAUGAAUGCGUAAACGGACAUCACACCUGUUCGCCGAAAAGUGAGAAAUGUUUCGAUCUGGAAGUAGGAUUCGAGUGUAAGUGCGGAGACGGAUACAAGACCGAGACUACGUGGGGAAACGAGUUCGGGAGAAAAAUCUGCGUGCCCAUGUGUACGCAAGGUUGCGUAAGAGGUACGUGUGUUGAGCCCAAUGUGUGCCGUUGUGAUUUCGGUUACGUCGGCGCCAAUUGUUCCAUCCAGUGUCAGUGCAACGGACACAGCAACUGCGCUGGUCCGGAUAAGCUCGAUGUCUGCUUGAAAUGUCACAAUAACACAAUGGGACCGCAAUGCGAGAAAUGUUUGCCUCUGUAUGUCGGCAAUCCUGCCGACAACGGUCAGUGUGUGCCGUGUCUUGAGUAUUGCAACGGACACACUCGGAUUUGUCUCAACGGCAGCUCGUUUCGCGUGGAAGAUCCAAAGAAGGUGGACGAGAUGUCGUUGGAUCGUUUAAUGGCGGAACUGGUGGAAGGACCAGUGGCUAAAGCAACGUGCAUCAAUUGCGGCAACAACACGAAGGGUGACAAAUGCGGCGAAUGCAUGACCGGUUAUUUUCGGGGAACGGAAGAUCUCCGAGACGUGUGUCGACCGUGCGAAUGUCACGGUCAUGGUUUCACCUGCGAUCCCGUGACCGGAGAGAAGUGCAACUGCGGCAAUAACACAGAAAGCGAACCGUCCUGCAUUAGCGGUCCUAUAAAAGGCACGAAUAUUGCUGGCACGCCAUGCUGGAUGGUGCAGUGCAGCAAGUGUAGGGAAAAUUACGCAGGCACCCCGACAAUGGGUCAUCAAUGUUACAAGACUGUUACAGUUGACAACAAAAUGUGUUUCGACUCAAAAUUAAUAGAUGAAUGCAAAGCAAAACCGAAACCUUUGAAACCUGGUCAAACUGUCUUCUAUAUGGUGCAACCACGAUUUAUGAACGUGGAUAUCAGAGUUGUAGUAGAUGUCACUCAAGGCGCUUUGGAUCUGUUUUUAAGUCCCAGAGACGACUCUUUUGUUGUUACUCUGAACUCGUCAACUGGAUACCAGGAUGUCGAGUUAGACAAUAGAUUCAAGUCACAAUCCGAUUGGUUGAUGGAGAAGCACUCCAACUGCAACUUCCGUAUCGUCGAGUUCGAUCCUCACGGCAACACGGCGAACGGCUCCACAACCGAGUCGACUUCGAAUGCCAAGCUACAAUUCUACGUAAUGGAAUAUUAUGCAGAAAAUCUAGCUACUUUUCUAACGAUCGAACAGCGAAACACAUUCUUGGUGGUCCGCAAUCUGACAAAUCGGCUGGUGUUAACCCUGCCGCAAGAUCGACAUGAACUGGGCCAGACGAAGUUUCAUAUCGCGUUACGGGCGAUCGAACCGACAAAUGCGGAAUUAACCGACCACGCUGCCUACGGAUUGGUCUUCUUUCGACAGGAUCAGUUGCAUAUCGACUUGUUCGUCUUCUUCUCGUGCUUCUUCUCUUGCUUCUUCUUACUUCUAGCGCUAUGCGUAGUACUGUGGAAGACGAAACAAGCGGCGGACAUGCGUCGCGCACGUCGUCGUCACGUUGUUGAGAUGCUGCACAUGGCGAAACGGCCGUUCGCUUCCGCAACGAUACUCUACGAUCGGGAUGGCGGCGAGUGUAGCCCAACCUCGCCGCAACGUAAGGGCAGGCGCGGCAAGCACGUGAGCUUUCACACUGACGUGAGACCCGUUGCUGUCGAGCCCACUGACGAUGGCGUAGCAGCAGUGGCGACAGUGUUUAUCAGAUUACCUGGUGGACGUCAAGCACCUGUCAAACUCGCCUUAGGCAGCUCGCUCAUACUCUUGACCCGGGUUUAUCCAGUGAAUAGCAGAGUGUUCCUAAGACGUAGAAAUAGCCACGCAUCGAACUGAACCCGCGUUACGGUGGAAUCUCGAUCUCGACAAUUUUCGAGUUCCACACCAAUGGUUCUCCCGUACAAUUUCUCCGGAACAUCGUCGACGACGAGCUCCGAUGUUUGAACACGGAUUAACAGAUUAAUCUGAAAAAAUAUUCACAUUCGAAUUUGCAAACGAACAAUUUUCCUUUUUAGAAUUUUUUUCAACACGAUUGUUUCUAAAGUUAAAUUACCUCGGGACGAUAUCGGUAGAUCUCUGAUAACGAUCGUCUGUGUAAUUUAUAAAUUUUACUACUAAAUAUUUUUGCUAUUUCCAUGUGCCGUUUAAUCUUCUCGUUGCUGUGCACUGAGAUACUGAAGAUUUGCGGUGUUAUUUUUCGCAGUGUGACUCUGAUAAAAAAAUCACAAGAGAAAGAGAGCAAGAAAGUUUUAAGAGUCUUCGUACAUUCGGAAUUUGCAAACCGAUGCGAAGAGUUCGAAUUGCGAUUUUAAUUCGAAUGAAAAAAGUUGCAAUUUAUGCUCAAUUAAUGUUCACAUCAUCGUCCCGUAUUAUACUGGUUUUUUUUUUUUUUUUAUUCAAAAACCUCGAUUUCUCGAGAGUCCGUAUACAUGUAUUUAUAUUUGCACUUGUUAUCUUGGAUUUACUAUUUACAAGCCCGAGGAUGUAAACUCGCAUUAUUAUCCUUGUACAGUGAUUUAUCUAUAAAAACUAUUCCUUGUUGAUUUUUACGUCGCGUGUUAGCCCGGCUAACAAAAAAAAAAAAAAAAUUUUCAAAUUCAAUUUUUCUGUAAAAUAACAAAUCCACACGACAUGCGAGAACGUGC